AGCACCAUCAGUGCCACGAGUGCCAUCGAAACGUGCCACGAUCGAAACGUGCCACGGUUUCCUCCAUGGGGACAGUUUGCUGUGUGGAAGAUUCUGGUACCGACUCCGUCGGGACCUCCAAAAUUGACAUGGAUGAGAGGGAGGCCGCUUCACCUGUGAAUGGAUCGAGUGAUAUGUUGCAGCAGUUGAAGGGUCAUUGGAUGCGCAAGGAAGACAAGAUGUCGCUGGGAGCAAUUGCUGGCAACAGCAUGGUGUGGGAGGCCGCCUACAAGCACAAACCCAGUCCUCUCUGGGAGGUUAGUGGCAACAAGAUCAAGAUGAGCCUGGGUGGAGAGGAGCACACAGGAACAGUCCUGUUGAAACAGUCAGAGAUUACUUGGGAAGAUGGCGAGGUCUGGGUGAGGAAAUGAAGGUCUUCAUAGUCUUCAUCUUGGCCAGAACGGCGGUUUGUUCCUAGUGCGACACUCUCCAUGGAUGAGAUAGGUUUGUUGCUGCUUCUUCCACUCCGUUUCCUCCUCAAAAUAUGCAGUUUAUGGCACAUUUCAACCAAAAGGAUUAAUGUAGCCCGUGAAUUCUGUGAACGAGUGUCUAUCAAUGUGUAUCAAUCUGUCGAUUUUCGCUUGUCAUUGCCUCGUUUCACACCUCAGGGGCUCCGUGGCCAAAGCAGACCCGGAGCAGAUGUGGAAUACAACUCAAAUAACAUUUGUCAAAAGCUUGCGACCAGGAUGAGAAAUCAAACAUGUGUUGCAAUCGUGGCGUUGGACUCUCCAUGACUCCGUGAAAGUGCAUUUUCUGGUUCGGAGCAUUGAAAAUUCGGCUUUAAGCAAUACAGUAUGUAG